CAAUGACAACUUUAAAACACAGGUUUAAAUUUAAGUAAGCCUCAGGUUAUACAACACAAUGCAAAUCUUUAAUAUAUAUCACGUGAUAUUUUUCUUAAUUUCAAUUGGUGGUUUUUUGGGAAGAAUGUCGAUCAGCUCAAACAUCACAACAAAAACAUUUCCUUCAAGUUUUGUUAGACAGUAUCAAUCAAAAGGAUGAAAGUGAAAGGUUUGGGUUACGCCUUUUCGUAGAAAAUAGCCUCUUGUCAAGGAAAGGUGUGUUCGCAUCAAAAUACUGGAUCAUUCGACAAUCGAUUUUUAAGCAACAGUGCAUAUUUUAAGCCCUGCUGAUUGUCAAAUUGCCCAGCCUUUAUGACUCAACUUAUAAGGACCUUGGUUCGAUUGAACUUAUACCUUAUCUCUGAAGUUUGGCCUUUUUCGUGGAUGGUUGCUUUCUACGGCACCAAUUUCUCGAUAAUUGCCAUUGGAAUGUUCUACGUUAUUGAUUUUCGACGACUGCUUUGAUGAUCACAUCGCCAUUUCUUCAUCACGACACGCGAUUCAGCAACGCAGCAAUCAAGGAUCUCGUAGCUAUGCUAACCGGUGGCUAUUUGUUGAACUAGACAGUUUUUGUACAGAAGACGUUGUUCUAAGGUAUGCUUAUGCUUCAAGGAACCUUGAUUGACCUGAAUAGGCGUUUUCACACAAAGCUGAGAAAGUCACUUUUCUUGCCAGUGCGUCCUCCCCGCCAUUUCUAAUAAGCUUAAAGAAGGUCAUUAUUGCGAACCGCAGUUUACGUAGGCGGCAUUUUAGAGCAAACAACCUUGUACAGCUGUGUCACGCGGUUUUCAGCUGGCAAACCUACAUUCCAGAGGUAGAGAGUAACAUUUUCUUCAUCUGGGCGAACGGGAACUUUUGACACACUAAAACACGUAAAACAGUACCUUUUCCCAGCGUGGGAUUUUCGAAAAAAUGUUGAGUGAAAUUGAAUAUGAUCAAGAGCAUCCUCGUGAGCUGAUUAAAUGUGUGCUUGUCGGAGAUACAGGUGUUGGAAAGACCAGACUCAUUUGUGCACAGGCUUUUGGAGUUGGUACACCAGCACCACAGGUCACCCAAAAGCAACACCUUCACUUUCCAACAGUAUUUGCAAUUGACCAAUACCACGUCUCCCCAGAAAUAAGAGAUCGUGCCAACUUCAGAGUUGAUGGAGUCGACAUAGCACUAAGGCUCUGGGACACAUUUGGUGAUCAUGAGUUCAACCGAAAAUUUGCAUAUCAAAAUGCACAUGUGGUGGUGCUCUGUUUUGCAAUCAACAGCCCUAACACCUUUAAAAAUGUUAAUGCUGUGUGGUAUAGUGAAAUCAAGAAGUACUGUCCAAGAACUCCCAUUGUUUUGGUGGGAACUCAGUCAGACUGGCGACAGCAUGUCAAAGUCAGCACAAGUGUAACUGUAAGCAAAAGCUUAUCCAAGCGAAUGCGAGAAUGUUCCCUUGUGACACCUGACAUGGGGCGCCAAGUGGCAAAGGAAAUUGGUGCAACUUAUUAUGAAGCCAGUGUUGUAACCAUGUGGGGUAUAAAUCAUGUUUUUGAUAAUGCAGUUCGUGCAGCACUAAACACCCGGCGACAUACCAGGUUUUGGUCAUCUCACCUGAAGGGGGUCUUAAAACCACAACUUCAACCUCCAUACCUUCCAGAGAAACCAGAUUCCCCAGCUGUGAGUGUCAAUUUACCUUCGUUAUAUAAAGAAAACUUGGCGAGGGUUCUUGAUCUGGGGAUGUGUGCCGAUGUGGAGUUUCUGGUGCAGGGCCAGACCAUCAAGGCACACAGGGCAAUUCUGUCUGCUGCUGCACCAGCAUUUGCAGAACUAUUUUCUGCAAAGGAACUAAAAGUCACCAAUAGUGGUGCACCCUCAAAGCUUGUGUUGCAAGAUGCACUUGUGUUUGGAAAGCCGGGAAGUCUACCCAGGGGUUUUGUCGCCAUUAGUUCCCGAAAUAAUUGGGUCAGUGAAGAACGUGGUGCCAGUGUUCUAGUCACAGUUGACAAUUUUCUCUCUUUUGGAACAUUCAUGCAUGUUCUUGAAUUUCUGUACAGUGGCAACAUUCCUCUGGAGGUUUGCACUGAGGAGCUUGAAGAAGCGGCUAGGAAUCUUCAAAUUGUUCACCUUGCUGAGUAUGUUGCUAAUGUAAUUAACAGAAUGGAGUACAUGAAUACUGAAGUUUAUUCUAACAUGGUGCGAGAAAUGGUUUCUUCUGCAAAGAAACUUGUCAAUUCCCAGAUCUUCUCAGACAUUGUGUUCAAAAUUGAAGACAGAGUUGUUGUUGCACACAAGGCAUUUCUUGUGGCACAGUGUGAAAUGAUGGCAGCCAUGUUCAUGACAGGGCACUUCAAAGAAAGUGGAGUUCAAGUGGUGAGCAUUCUUUUUCAAAUGAAUGGUACAAUUCUUUUUUUAAUUAUGCCAACCUUUCCCAAAUUCACUCUUUAAAAAGACCCUUCCAGGGUUUUUUCAACUUUUGAUGUGGACCAGAUGGGAAAAUCUGUUGACACCACUGGAAAAAGCACCUUAAAAUUAGUACACUUGCCAAGUUUGUAAUUGAUAAGUCCCAAUAGUGACCAAGAUCAAUUUUCUCCUAACAAUAUCCAUUGGAGAAUUUGUAUGUUGAUACUGGGGCUUAAAGAGUUAAAUCAGGGAAGAUAUAGCUCCACAAAGUUACAAAAAUUUACAGACAUUUAUGUAGUGAGGGGCAUGUCCUAACAAUAGAAACGUCUGUGAAAUUUUGUGACUUUGAGUAGCUAUACCUUUGUUACUUUUUAACAAAUCAUUUCAAACCUGGCAAUUUUACUUAUUUAACCCCUUCCCUACCAGAGUAAAAUACACCCGGCGUCUGGUGGUCAUUGUUCGAAGAUUCACCUUGGUCUUCUUCAACAUUUUCCUUCCGCGAAGACUCCUCAUAGCGGUUUUCCUUUUUCCAAUCACUUUUGCUGUAAAAUCGCUUACAUCAGAGUCCCCAUCAGCGCAAAUUUCAACUGGUGCUUCUCCACUCAUUCUUUGUUGCCAUGGCUUAGCCACCAUGUUGGAAAAAGUAUUGAGCUAAAUACAAUAAAAGCGAAGUGUAUAAUUGUCAGCGGCCUUUUAUAAAUUAUUACUGCCAGACCUUUCUCAACGACCAGAUUGAAUUUAUUCAAGCCAACUCAAACAACUGGACUCUUGGUGAUCUCAUUUGUAUGAGGAUGUAUAUAUACGUCCUCGGUUGCUGGGUGACAUAUCUAUAAAUCCUUGGUAGGGAAGGGGUUAAAGGCGCUCUUCCCAGCAAAGUAGUCAGAUUUUCCAUAUCAAAAGUUGAAAAAAACUGGAAAGGUAAAUUUUGUUCUUGUUCCACAAUUUUGGCACUAGUACUCACGUGCAUAAUCAUUAUGGGGCAGUGUAAAAUGCAAACUGUGGACUGAUUGCGGACUAUUGUUUUUAUGCCUAGAAAACAAUGGAACUAUUAUUGUCACGUUCGCAUUUGCGUGGUGGAAACAAUAGUCCGCAGUCUGCGAUUUACACUGACCUUAAUCAUUAAAGAUUUAUUUUAAGCCAUACCCAGAUUUUGGGCUAAUAAUAUGUUAAUUUACCUGUGGAAGACUUAGCAUCACUAUUAUAGGAUGUUUUUCACAUUACAACCUAAUGCCAAGUUUACCAGUUUGUAAUGUGCACCCUUGUAAAAUGCACACCCUAGAUUUUGAUUAGCUGUAUUAAUACUGAUUUUUCACCUUAUGGCUUCAAAGAAAAACUGGAUAGCGGUUUUUAAUUGUUGUUCAGUUGCAGUUUGUGUUGUCUGCUUGGUAACCUGGCACAAAUUAUUGAGCACAAUUUAUUGUUUGAUAAAGAUAUGGUUCUUUAUUUUGAAGGGCUGCAAGAACUAGUCUGAGUUUUUUUUAUCAAUGUUUCCAGUACAUUUCCCAUAGUUUUAUCACCUUUCUUUGUGGAUUAUCUCAUAGACUGAGAUAGUGGAAAAGAGGGGGAGUUGGUUUGUUGCUGCAGUGGGCAAUAAAAUGUCUUAAGCUAUUUUCAACUCUAUUAGUUGUUAAACAUGACUAUUGGAGGUAGAUAUAGUCAUGUUUGAAUUUGUGUUUUCACAAAUAUGUUUUCUAGUAUGCACCUUUUUACACUUAAAAUUGCCUUUUUUUAGGUGGAAUUCAAGGAUACCAACUAUGAUGCCUUCCUGAGAGUCCUUGAAUAUUUAUACACUGGCCAGUGCCCUUGCCUAAAUUUGGACGAAACCAUUGUUGUGAUGGCUUUGGCAAACUUCUUCUGUUUGCCCAGGCUUGUUGCCCUUUGUGAGCAGAUCAUUGUCAAAGAACUUCAGGUUUCUAUGGCAACUGAUGAAAUGGCUGUGGCUGAGGAUAUUAUUGGUAAGGGAUAAGUCUGUGUGCAUGCCUGUGUGUUGGAAAUUAAUGAGUUACUGAGUACAGUGUGAAUAUAGACAGUAACUGGCAGGAAUGGGUCGAAUAUAAUUGUCUGUGUGCUCUGUGUAUUCAUGAAUAGCGCUGUUGUUGACGGCAACUGGCAUUUGACAACCUUUGGGUUAGUCAUCAUCAGAAUAAAAAAGAUUUGAUAAUGAUGAGAGGUAAAAAAAAUGAUGAGUACCACACCAAUACGUAUGCCUAAAAGUUGAGAACUGGCAACCAGAAUUUCAAAGCCAGUUGCUAGCACUCAGGUGACAGACUCAAUAAGCUUCAACUGCAGUGUUUUUGAACAGCCAUUGAGGAUCGAAGGAUAUUGGUUCUCAUUCAAACUUGAGUUGCAUCUUAUCCUGCCAACAUUAGAGCCUCUUUGUAAAUCAGCUGAGGAUAACAGAAAAGAGGAAUUUUGUGUAAAAUGAUAUCCUUAACAACUGUAUUUUACAUAUGUCUCCUGUCCAGAACAGUUGCAUUGGGGCUGUUGAGGCUGCCAUGUUGUUUAUGGUGGAUACCUCUGGAGAUUUAAUUCAAAGUUUAGAUGUAAAUUGGGUUAAAGAGAAUAAAUAGUUGUUCUCUCUGAAUGGUUUAUUCUUUGAAAUGAAACCAGAAAUUCUUAACAUGAUUAAGCAAGAUAAUACCAGACUGACGAUGGAGCAUAAAAUAACUGAAACAUUGUUUUUCUUUAUUUGUUAUUGUUAAAGAGCAAGAAAAAAAUAUUUGGCAAACACUUUUUGCUACCUGGCAACUGAAUAAUUUUAUUUUGUCACUAGCUGUUGUCAAAAAGUUGUUUCAGACCAUGUGUCGCUGUCAAAACAGUCCUGUUCAGGGUGCAAAGAAAGUCAUUUUUACAGCUUGCCAUUCAGGCUAGCUGUAGUUAGCUUGUACUAGCCCAAACAUCACUUUAACUAGUCAUGAAAACUUUUUGAUGAGCAGGUUUGAAUACACAGUCCUUCUGUAAUCUGAAUUCUCAAAAAGCUUCACUUGCCCAUCGGGCAAGGUAAGAGCAGGAGUCACUAGCCUGAUAACAAAAUCCUGUAGCCCCAGGCUAUCGGACAGUACUUUCUUUACACACUGCUGUUCAGGAUCAUACUCACCCGGAUGACCGUGUGUCCAUUUGUGGAAUUGCACACAUUUGAGACAUCCUACUGAUGAACAGUUACCACUUGAAGAUAUUUUGAGUAACAAAACUGUGCCAUGUGUCCUCUUUGAAUGUUCCACCUACUUUGAAUAUAUUAACAAUGUAUGUGGAAAGGGGAUUGUGAUUUUUACUAGACCUUUACUUGUAGUCAGUAUUGGGGCAGCAUGUGUCCAAUAUUGACAAAUAGCACAACCAGCAUCUCUGGCUAUUGUGUAAGAGUUUUAGUUAAUACAUGAAAUAAGUAAGUUACCUUACCCUCAAAUUAUGAAUACUUGCAGACUACCAUUUUUAGAAGUAAUUUCCUUUCUUAAUUUCUUGUAUUUGACUGUCAUGUCUUCAGGGUAUCUUCUUGAAGCUCAGAUUCACAAUGCAUCUCAGCUAGAAGCGUGGUGCAUACACUUCAUUGCAACACACUACAAUGCCAUCUACAGCCAGUGUCCCAAACCUCUCAAGAACCUUGACAGCUCAACACUUAUGGCCAUAGAGAAGAAACGCUGGCCCCCACCAUGGUAUAUUCUGGAGGCAGACUGGUAUCAAAAGGCUGUCCAAGAACUGGAUAAUGAGAAAGCUGCAGACAAGUUACGCAAGUCACACAAACAUGUGAGGCACAAGAGGAAGUGCAGCUGCUUGUGA